ACACGGCCGCCGGGGCUCCUCCAGCUCGGCAGCUGCACCGGGAGCCGUGGAAGGGCAGGAUGGGGGCUCGGGGCUGCCUGGGGCCGCUGCUGCUGCUGCUGCUCCUCCCUUGGGCCGGGGGGUCCGGCAUGGGCUCGGAGUCACUGCCCGGGGCGGUGGCAGCUGCUGUUGGGGACAGGACAUGGCUCCAGCCCUCCAUCAUCGGGGGACACGAGGCCAAACGCCACUCCCGGCCCUACAUGGCAUUCCUGCAGAUCGGGGGUAGCGCCUGCGGGGCAGCGCUGCUGCACCGACGCUGGGCACUGACCGCCGCGCACUGCCUGCCUAAGAAGUCGCGGCACAAGGGGCGGCUGCUGGUGGGGCUGCACAACCGGCGGGACGGUGAGGAGGAGGAGGGCGCGCAGAGCUUCACCAUCCGGGCUGCCUGUCCCCACCCCGGCUACGACCCAUACACGAGGGAGAACGAUCUGCUCCUGCUGCAGCUGGACGGGAAGGUGACGCUGAGCAGGACACGGCGCCUGAUCCCGCUGGCGAGCCGGGAGCCGGCGCCGGGGGCGCGGUGCAGCCUGGCGGGCUGGGGGGUCGCGGACCCCCGGGAUGGGGGGCUGUCACCCACCCUGCAGGAGCUCGACGUGACGGUGAUGGACACGCGGAUGUGCAACAACAGCCGCUUCUGGCACGGCGAAAUCGGCCCCACCAUGAUCUGCUUCCAGGGGCUGCGCCGCGGCUCCGCGCCCGCCAAGGGUGACUCGGGGGGCCCCUUGGUGUGCGGGAGGCGGCCGGCGGUGGCCGGCGUCAUCUCCUUCAGUGGCAAGAACGCCACUGACCCUUUCGAGCCACCCGUGGCCACCUCGACCGUGAAGCACAAGAAAUGGAUCCAGAAAAUUCUGCGGAGAGGCUGCGGGUCCGGCCAGCCCGAACACACGGGAUAGAGCAAACACCCAUUCCUAUUUACACAGGUUGGCUUUUAAUCGGGAAUACUGUCCAGAGUCUGGUAAAAUAACAUCCUUAGUACAUAGAUACAGUGAUGGCGAGCGGAGCCCGGCGGGAUUGUCGGUGGAGGAGAAGGAGGAGGGCGGUGGUUUGCAGCCAGGGGGUGAUCUGGCCCUCCUGCCCACCCCUGUGCUCCAUUACAGCACCCGGCAGUGCUGCUCCUGGGAUUUUCCUCCUUUUCUUCAGUCCCGGCCACUGCCAGGGCAGGGGGGCUCCAGUGGGCAUUGGUGUGCCCAUCCCCAUCACCCCAGUGCGCAUCCCUGGGGACCCCCUGCAUAUCCCCACAGUCCUGGUGUCUCCCUGACCCCACUGUGCAGCUCAGAGCUCCUCCCUGUGUCCCCAGAGCCACCCAGGUGUGUCCCCUGCACAUGUCCCCAUAGCCCUGUGUCUGUCCCUGCAGCCCCCCCUGGCACUGGGAUGGGGGGCACAAAGGUCCACCCAAAGCAGGGAGUGAUGGUGUAGGACUGGAGGUAUCCAAGGGUCUGGGACCACCAGGAUUGGGGGUCCCUCUGCAGCCCAGCCCAUUCCCAGGGGCUGAGGCACUCCCCACACACCCCAGGGCUGGCACCUGGGCCUGGCUGGCAGCAGGAGUGGGGGUGUCCCCAGGGUUUCGUGCUCGUGGGCGUAAUCCAGUCCUGGAUGGAUUCGUGUCCACAUCCACAGGGACACCUUGGGAUCCUGGCUGCGAGCUGAGGCUCUCCUGCCCUGGGGUGGGAGGCUGGGGGGCUCUGGGUGAAGCUGAGGGACCCCAGACCCUUUCCUGAGGGUUGGGCAUCCUGGUGCCAGCUCAGUACCCUGUCCCCUCCCAGAGCAGCCCCCCAGCCUGGUGACAGCCCCCUGUGAGCAGCCCCUGGGAUGAGCCCGUCGGGACCCCGGCCACCUCCACGAGCUUUGCCCGGCUCCUCCUGCACCAUUUCCCUCUGCCACCACCUUGGACCAGCACAGAUCAGCCAUGAGGAACCUCCAGCGCGGGGUCCUGGUCCCCAAACGGGGGUCCUGGUCCCCAUCUCCCCCUCCAAAGCCUCUUCCCCUGCUAAUAAACGAGCUGCCAUGAGUUGAUGCCAGACAA